AUGAGUCUGCGUCUUAUUAACACAACUUUCCAGAAUUGCGCCUUCAGCUCCAUAAGCUCCGAACCAUACGGUUCGAUCAAGAACCUAUCGACUUUAUCGAGCGAUGACCUCGAAAAGAGAGAUGUAUUUGGAAAGACAAUUUUACACCAUAUUUGCAUCAAAAACAGACACGACCUCCUUAAUCGACUUAUCAAGAACAAGAACCUCGAUUUUAACGUGACCGACUGGGAAAAUGACUGGAACUGCUUGCACUUUGCACUCUUCAACAACAACUUUGUGCUUGCGAGGAUUUUGCUUGCCAAAGGCCCCGAGAGCCUGCUUCGCCAUAGGGAUAAAGAUGGAUACACGCCUGUUGAUCUGCUGAACAGCGAGAUUAGUUUGAAAAGAAUGGUACGCUUUCCCACCCAUAUCUCCAUGCCUUAUGAUGGGAAGAUCGCAGCUGUUUUGGACUUUUCAGAAGGAAGCAUGAACAAUCUCGCGUUGACAGAACGAAUCACCCCAGCGUCGCAAGAAGGAGUCACAUCGACAACGGAAGAAUCUUCCUGGUUUGACCCUUUUUCUAGAGGUGCUUCAGACCUCGUGUUUUCAGGUUUUCACCUGAAGAGCUCUAUUCAGGAUGCUCCCGAUCAACUCUACCACGUUCCUCUUCAAGACAUGACCACACGUGUUACUGGAUCUAUUCGCGAAAGACUAAGACCUCCACGUCUUUCCAAAGUGGUGAUUUCCAAAAAGCACACCAUGGCUGUGACCAAUGAACCGACCGGUAACCUUUUCGUGUGCGGCUCCGGGUCAUCUUCGAGACUGGGUCUUGGCAAUUCCCACAAGAGUCUGGACUUUGUUUCCAUUCCAACGUUUGAGUCCGCGUGCAUUGUCGACGCCCACUCUUGUGAUGACCACUCGGUAUGUUUGACCUCUCAGAACCAGGUGUACACAUGGGGAUACAAUGAAUAUCUGGAUGAAGUCGGGUCCAUUCCCACCCUCAUCCCCAAAUUGAAAGGCACCAUUAUCGGAGUCUUCACAUCAAAAAUCCACACAGUUGCUUACACUCAUGAUCAAAUCAUAUCCUGGGGUCUGAAUGUUGGUCAAAUGGGACUGGCGUCUGCGGCCUCUUCCUCAAUUGCAUACAACGGUUUGCACGGGACUAUUGUAAAGAGCCCGAAAGAGAUGGAAUUCAAGUAUGGGACUGUCAAGUGUAUUGUUGGAAACGAGACGUUUAUGUUGGUGCUGAAUACAGAUGACGACCUUCAUUGUUUCACCGGCGGAUUUCACGCCAAGGUGCCAAUCACGGUUUCGAACAAGCUCAACUCAACGUUCAACGUAUUUGUGCCCAGAUCACAAACUAGGCGCAAGUCCAUCGUAAAGAUGAUUGCGCAGACAGGAUGCCCACAAGUGUUGCUCAUCUACGACUCAGGUGACGUCUCUGUGGUGAGCAUUCCCCAGAGAUGCGCCUAUUCUAGUGAGUUCUUGAAAAGGGUAAAAGUUUCCCCAGUUUGGAGAGUAUCAAAAGACCACAUGAAGUGCAUCGAUGCUUGUAUGGGUUCUGAUGGAUCUGUGAUGAUCUGUCUCGCAGAUGGAUCCGCAUACAGGCGUGUUAAGAGGCAGCAGAAGAAAGCCACUUCCAAAGACGGAUUUCACGACGUUUUCACAAAGGAGUUCAAAUUUGUCAAGAUCUUGGGUUUGAACAAAGUUGUGAGAGUCUGCUGCGAUCCCAGUUUCCAGUGCUUUGCGUAUAUGAGAAAUGAUGUGGAUUUGAUACCGUUCAAACUCAAGCAAAGUCAGAUACUAAACGAUAUCGGCGACUAUUCUCCAUAUGUUUCUUUACCUGCUCAGCAAAAAGCAAAAUAUUCACUGGCAAGUACUGCGGUGGAUUUCAUAGCAAGUUCUAAUGAGGAGAGUUCACAGCCAUUCGAGCUGGAGGACAAGCUUCUUGAAAAUGUUUUGAACCGAUGGUCGCAGCCCACAAAUGACAUUGUCAAGUCUUGGAGAGAAAAGGUCAAGGCACCGGUCUCAAAAAGGUUUGGAAACGAUGCAAUUAGAAAAUUGGGGUGGAUGCAGCUGAUAAAAACGGAAUCAAAACUGUCGGAUGCCCAUGCUGUGGUGAUAGGUAGAGGCGGAGCAAAGGAUGUCUGGAUCCCCAUCCACAAACACAUAAUUUGCUCGAGAUCCAAGGUACUGGCAAGUGUCAUUCUCGAAGGUAGGAUUAUCAAUAAAUCCGGAAUCGGAAUCACGUAUGACCCUUCAAGCGAGUGCCUCAAUUUUGAGGGGGAUAAAGUUGAUGCCAGAGCAGUUUUUCUUCUUAUGCACUAUCUAUACACCGACGAAUACCUCACAUAUCCAGCAAGCAUUUCGGAAGAUCUUUCACGUUCGCGGAAGAUGUUUUCCAUAUUGACAAGCGUUGUUCUGACCUUGAUGCCUCCGCUAGAGAAGCAAAUAUGGAAAGACGUGCCACAAUUAUACGACACGGUCGUGCAUCUUUCUGAUGGCGAGAUCAGAUGUCACUCUUUGUUCUUGGCUGCCAGAAGUGCAUACUUUGAGGCCCUGUUUUCGAGAUGGAGAGGCUCAUCAGAACGAGAAGUGACACUAACUCAUAUUCCCAAGAAAGUUUUUGAGAUCGUGCUUAGAUAUUGUGUGGGAUAUCAUGCCUUUGAUAUCUUCGAUGAAAUUAUGGGUAUCUCCAGCAGUUCUGAGUUUAUGGAUCUGCUAUUCGAAACUGCAGAGGUUGCCGACGAGCUGCUAAUUUCUGACCUUUCAGAUAUCUGCCAGUUUGCCAUGAAAGACUUAAUCUCCUUGGAUAAUGUUGGCUUGAUUUUGAUGAAUGCUUAUCACCUGGGAGCCACCCCACUGUUUAUGAACUGUCUUUGGUUCCUGUACAACAAUCUGGAUGUUAUGUUUUUCAAUGGCGAAUUCAAUGAGUUGAUUUCAGAGUGCUGGAGUAACCAACACUUGGUGACCCAAAUCGAUGUUGGUUUGAGGUGGUUCAAAUCUCUGAAUAGGAUUGCGGAUGAUUCAAAAAAGACGACCAGUCUAUCAACCAAGGAGUCACAAAAUUUCUUCAACUGCUUCCUAACAGAUAUGGAUAAGUUCAACGAAGACUUCGUUGCCGGAGAGAAUACCUGUUCCUUCAGUGGUCUGGCGUCAAUGUUCAAGACACUUGAGAAAAAAAGACGUUCUUCCAGUGUUGUCAAACCAGUGAAUUCUACAAGUUUUCCAAAAUACUCACCACCAGUUACAUCUUCUGAAAUCUCUCCUUCUAGUUCGUCGUUGGUUAACGAAUUUGCUUUAGAUACUGACGACUCAUUAUCUAGCAUCUCGGACUUCAUUCCUGUUUCGAGCAGAAGGCGAAGCUCAAGGAAAUCGUCAGGCCCAAACCUGAUACGUCCUGAAAUCUUUCCUCCUGCAAUGCCUGAAACCAUGGUGUCUACUCCUCAGCGAAAGAGUCCCACACCCUUGGACAUUCCCAAGGCUUCGAGCCCCUUUUUGAGUUCAAGAACGCCCGCGAAGAAAGCGGUUAUUGCGAUACCAAAACUGUCACAGAAGGAACGGAUGAAGCAGAGACAAAACUCGGGCUCCUUUUUGGCUCAGAGUCCACCAAAGACGAGCACACCUCCCAAACCUACAACCCCAUUGUACAAAAUCCAGCCAACAGGCUCGGCACCGGCUGCCUCAUCUGCUCCUUCGUUUGAAACCAUAAGACUUCAGGAACAACUGGGCAAUAUAGAAGACGAUACGCCUGUUGCGUCUCUGGAGGAGAUUCAAAGGGAAGAGGAGUUUGCACGUUGGUGGGAACAGGAGUCUCUGCGUGUUCAAGAACGCAUGAACCAGGCUGCUGAAGAAGGUACUCAAGCAAGGAGAAAUUCUGCGCAGAAUAGAAGACGUCACAAAGGAAGAGCAAACAAUACUAAAACUGGUGAAGGCAAUAAUAGCAAUCGACACCGCGGUGGGUCCGUGAUCAUCUAG